AUUACAAACCACCACUCUUCAAUCUCCAAUAACAAACCAAUAACACUCUUCCCCAUUCUCUCUUUUUUAUUAUAAUAAUAUAACAACACACUUUCUUUCAUACCAUUUUUAUAUUCCUUAAAUUAUUUCAUAAACUAUAAUUUAACUAUGACUCUCUCCCUCACCAACAUGAAACAAGUCUCAUUAUUUCUGCAAUUUUUGUCUAUUACUCAUAACCUCAAUCUUUCCAAUAAAACUUAAUCCUUCUCAUUUCUAAAGAAUUUGUACUAUAGAGUAUAAUCUGUUUCAUAGUUUGCUGCUAUAAAGGUGUGUUGAAGGCUGAAUUAUUUGCUGCGGGGAUAAGAGUAAGUUGAUUGAGUAUGAAUUCGCCGCAGUUUGUUUCGUCGAGAAGGAUGAGUGUGUAUGAUCCUAUUCAUCAGAUUAAUAUGUGGGGAGAAGGGUUUAAGAGUAACGGGAAUUUAAGCGCGUCGAUGACGUUGAUCGAUGAGGCGGAUUUGAAAUUCGAUAGUAGUCAGUCAGAGGAUGCUUCUCAUAGUAUACUUGGAACAUCUAACAAGUAUGAUCAAGAAGCGAGUAGACCGAUUGAUAAGAUACAGAGGCGUCUUGCACAAAAUCGAGAGGCUGCUCGCAAGAGCCGUUUGCGGAAAAAGGCUUAUGUGCAACAGUUAGAAUCAAGUCGUUUGAAGUUGGUGCAGUUGGAACAAGAGCUUGAACGUGUAAGACAGCAGGGAAUGUAUAUGGGUGGUGGAUUGGAUUCGAAUAAUAUGUGUUUUGUUGGACCUAUGAAUUCAGGAAUUGCAGCCUUUGAGAUGGAGUAUGGACAUUGGGUUGACGAGCAAAACCGGCAAAUCACAGAAAUGAGAAUUGCUUUAAACGCACAUAUAAGUGACAUAGAGCUCAGGAUUCUAGUCGAUGGUAUGAUGAACCACUAUACUGAAAUCUAUCGCAUGAAAUCCGCAGCGGCAAAAGCAGAUGUUUUCUAUGUGAUGUCCGGCAUGUGGAAAACAACAGCUGAAAGAUUUUUCUUGUGGAUCGGUGGCUUUCGCCCUUCUGAGCUUCUCAAGAUUCUUGGUCCAAUGAUUGAGCCCUUGACAGAGCAACAACGGUUGGAUAUUGAUAAUCUUGGACAAUCAUGUCAACAAGCGGAAGACGCCCUUUCGCAAGGCAUGGAGAAACUCCGGCAAACACUCGCAGAUAGUGUAGCAGCUGGACAAUUCAUGGAAGGAACUUAUGUUCCACAAAUGGCUUCUGCAAUGGAGAGGUUAGACGCUCUCGUAAGCUUUGUGAAUCAGGCUGACCAUCUUCGGCAGGAAACCUUACAGCAAAUGUCACGAAUACUUACAAUCCGUCAGUCAGCUAGGUGCUUGCUGGCGUUGGGAGAAUAUUUCCAACGUCUGAGGGCUUUGAGCUCACUAUGGUCUAAUCGACCCCGCGAACCAGCUUAGUCUUUGCAACAUGACUACAAUAAUGUAAAGUUUGUAAUAUGAAUCAGUGAUGUGAUGAGUAUGGUCAUUUUCAAUGGCCACGAGCGUCGAAACCGUGUAGAACGUGUGGUUUAGGCUGCUCAAAUUUUUCCUGCAGUCUUGUGUUACGCAGAAUCUGUGAAUAUGACUGCUCGGUUUACGCAUAGGAGUUUGUAAAUAAAUUAAUUUUGGGUCCAUGUAUAUUGGAUUGUUGCAAUAUAUGUUUAGAAUAUGCAAUCGAGUCUGUGUGAAAAUCGGUCUUGUAAAAUGCAUAUAAUAUGAAAGUUGUAUUUUUGAGAAAUAAAGAGUUUCUUCAUGUC